AUGACGCAAAGAAGUUGCAUAACUGAUCACGUUUUAUUACGUUUAUCUGAUUUUGCUGACGAUCCACCAAUAUUUAUCACUGUACGAACUCGAACUCGGGAAGGUACAGUAUCAUCGGACUCCAACGUGGCUCGUGUGCCUCGUGGCAUAUCUGUGAAUACAGCUCUUGGCACGGUUACGCAGUCCGCUCCAAUUGCCGUUUCCAGUUACUCAACACAGAUGAAUGAUCCAGCCUAUGGAGCAUUUGCUGUGUCCAGAAGUUUGGGAGCCGGAACUUCGUGCGGACUGUUACAACCUGCACAGACUGCUCUUUCAACACAAAUACCAACACUUGGGCAUACUGAAUACCAGUUAGCUGGACUUCCAAGCUCAGCGCCAACAGCAAAUUUACUGUCUGGAUUACAGCUGGGUGCAACUCAGGGACCAAGCAGUAUGCCUCGCGUUCCAAUUGGACCAGUCCAACAACAGGGUAUCAAUGCAUUAACGGGUUUACCAUUGAACACAACAGUACAGCGAAAUUUAUAUACCGCCACAGCACCGCUUAACACUGCCUUCACCAGUGCACUGACUCCAAACCCAAUUUCUGCUCCAACUGGGUUAAGUUCAUAUACUGGUGCACCUAUAACCACUAAUAACGUUGACCCAAAUCUAACUUAUGGGACUUCAACUAAUCUAGUAUAUAAUAAUACCGCAAAGGGCCUCCAAACUGGAAACGUUUUACAAGAGAGCCUAAAUUUCCUUGAAAGCGAAGAUGAGGGUAAUUGA